AUGCAGUCGGGUCCAAGGUGCCAGCAAAUCCUGCGGUUUGCUCGCCUGGUGAGGCCUCGAUAUUACUCAGGACAGCCUCCUCCAUGGCGCCCGGGCUCCGCCGUGGAUCAAUGGGUUGAACGCCCGAUCCGCCCGAUCAGCUUGCGACAACUGACAUUCUUUGGUCGCACCUUGACCGAGCCGCGUUUAAUUAGCUCGGCAAACUAUGUGCGGACAGAGCUACCUACUCGUCUUGCACACCGUCUGCGUGAUAUUCAACAGCUCCCUUAUGUGGUCGUCUCCAAUCCCCAUCUCUCUCUGGUCUACGAACUCUACUACAAAGCCUUUGAACGGUUUCGGGUGGUCCCUGAAAUUCGCAGCCUCGAAGACAACGACCGAUUCUGUGAUAUACUUCGGGAGGCCCUCAAGGAGCACCUCGUUGUUAUUCCAAACCUCGCUAUGGGGGUGUUGAAGUGCCGUGAACUCGUUCCUGCCGACGAAAUGGAUCGAUUCAUGAACACUCUUCUUCGAGCGCGGAUCUCUCGCCGAGUCAUUGCAGAGCAGCACCUUGCUCUAACAGAAACAUUCAACUCCCCGUGGCAUUUCCCCGACUCCCAGGAACGCACCGAUAUGAAUUCCGAUUUUGUGGGCGAGGUAUUCCUCAAGUGCAACGCAAAAGAAGUGGUCGAGCAUUGCGGAAAGGUUGCGCAAGAGCUGAUGCGGAAAACAUCCCAGUCGGCUCAGAUCCCCGCCAUUACUGUCCAGGGCCACCUUACCGCCACAUUCCCAUAUAUCCUGAGCCACCUCGAGUAUAUUGUGGGUGAGCUGAUGCGGAACUCCGUGCAGGCAGUUAUGGAAAAAUACAAAGAUUCCACACAGCCACCCCCUCCUAUCCAAGUGCUGAUUUGCGAAACCCCCCAGCAUGUCAUCAUGCGCAUCUCAGAUCAAGGCGGUGGCCUCCCGCGAGAGCUUCUCCCGUCGCUGUGGUCUUUCAGCAAGGGCCCCCGCACCCAAUCACGGCUCGAAAAUCUCGAGCAAGUCCCCGCCAUGGCUGCGACCAUGCAGGAACUGAAAGUUUCCGAGCGCACAGAGCGCAAGACGGACCAAGGAGGUUACCGCGAAUCGUCUCUUGAUACCCUCACAUCCCGGCAUCCGAACCUUCGACUGGGCAUGGGUCUGCCCAUGAGCCGAGUAUAUGCCGAGUACUGGGCAGGUAGUCUGGAAAUGCAUAGCCUGGAAGGAUAUGGCGUCGAUGCGUUUCUGCAGAUUUCUAAGCUCGGCAACAAGAACGAGCAGGUCACCAGCCGUGCGGCGAUCGAUGCUGUGUAA